UACAAAACACACCCGAGAAACAGCCUCUUUUCACUUUCAUUGUCUCUCUCUCUAAAAAAAAAUUUUAAAAAAAAAUCGUAUGCUUCGAACGGUUGUCGAUUCGAUCUCUGGAUUUCUCAGAUCUUGAAGAGUAAUCGAAAAUGUUGUUGAAUCGGUUCAUCUUCACUUCCUUCUUCAUUUCUCUCCUUCUCUCUGGUUUCUCAUCUUCUGCAACUUUGCCCUCCCAAGAAGUGGAGGCGUUGAGGGGGAUAGCGAAGGCGUUGAAGAAGACGAACUGGAACUUCAGUGUGGAUCCAUGCGACUCAGCGUCGACGACCGGUGGUUGGCGGAACCCUAACGCCAACAAAGGCUCUGAAGACGCCGUUACUUGCAACUGCUCAUUCGUUAACGGAACCGUCUGCCACGUCACCAGCAUAGAACUGAAGUCGCAGAAUCUUCAAGGGAACCUUCCGGCAGAGAUGGUCGGGCUUCCGUUCCUUUCACAGAUUGAUUUAUCAAGAAACUAUCUCAACGGUUCAAUCCCUCCUGAAUGGGGCGCUUUACCACUUGUCAACAUAUCCCUCCUUGGAAAUCGGUUAAUGGGUCCGAUCCCGAAAGAGAUGGGAAACAUUUCCACUCUUGUCAGUAUAGUUUUGGAAUACAAUCAGUUUUCUGGGGAAUUACCUCCAGAGCUCGGGAAUUUAUCAAGCAUUGAGAGAAUCCUUCUCGGAUCGAACAAUUUCAGCGGCCAAAUCCCGAGCACUUUCGCUAGACUUACCACAUUGACUGAUUUCCGUAUCAGCGACAAUCAGUUUACCGGAGCUAUUCCAGAUUUCAUACAGAACUGGACAGAACUCGGGAAACUGGUUAUUCAGGCAAGUGGUCUGGUCGGACCAAUUCCCGACGCAAUCGCUCCUCUUGCUAAGUUAACCGACCUGAGGAUCAGUGACUUAAGCGGACCGGAAUCAGCAUUUCCACCACUACAAAACAUGACGAAGCUAAAGAUACUGAUUCUUAGGAACUGCAAUCUUACGGGAGAAUUACCGGCAUAUCUUGGACAGUUUACAUCCUUAAAAAACUUAGAUCUUAGCUUCAAUAAACUGACAGGAGGAAUCCCGAUCACUUAUACCGCUCUCUCAAACGUCGAUUUCAUAUAUUUUACACACAAUAUGCUAAACGGACCGGUCCCGAGUUGGAUGGUAGACAAGGGAGACAGAAUCGAUCUUACGUAUAACAAUUUCGCCGUAGAUCCAACCACUUUAGAGUGCCAACGCAAGGGCGUCAACAUGUUUUCGAGUACUUCAGCUACGAUUAGCUCCCGAAACAUUACCUGUCUGAACAGCUAUCGCUGUCCUAAAACUUUCUAUGGUCUUCAUAUAAACUGUGGAGGCGACGAAGUGACAAUCAACAGGACUAAGUACGACGCUGACAAGAUGGAUUCACUUCCUGCACCUUUUUAUGACAGUAGAAACGGUUGGUUCUCAAGUAACACAGGAAACUUCUUGGAUGAUGACCGUACACCCGAGGGAGUAACCAUCUGGUCAAAUUCUACCCGGCUCAAUGUCACGGACCCACGAUUGUAUGCGCAAGCCCGUCUUUCGGCCAUCUCGCUCACUUACUAUGCAUUGUGCCUUGGAACUGGAAACUACACGGUUAAUCUCCAUUUCGCCGAGAUUAUGUUUACCAAUGACAAAACGUAUAACAGCUUGGGUAGAAGAUUCUUCGACAUAUACAUUCAGGGGAAGCUGGUGGAAAAGGAUUUCAACAUUGCAGAUGAGGCGGGAGGGGCUGGAAACGCUGUUGUGAAGAAGUUUCCCGUCACGAUAAGGAAUGACACGUUGGAGAUACGGCUUUUCUGGGCUGGAAAAGGGACUACAGGCAUGCCCUUGAGAGGUGUUUACGGUUCUUUAAUAUCGGCUAUAUCAGUGGAUCCUGCAGAUUUCAUCCCGCCAAAAGAAGAAACUGUCGGUGGAAGUGACGGAGGGAUCUCUGCUGGUGCAGUGGUGGGGAUAGUAAUCGGUUCAACAGUCUUUCUCGUGUUGUUGUUCGGUGGCAUUCUCUGGUGGAGAGGAUGUCUAAGAACCAAGAGUCAGAUGGAACGAGACUUCAAGAACCUCGAUUUCCAGAUCAACUCUUUCUCGUUGAGACAAAUCAAAGCAGCCACCGAUAACUUCGACCAUUCCAACAAGAUUGGAGAAGGCGGGUUUGGCCCCGUAUACAAGGGCAAGUUACCGGAUGGAACCAUAAUCGCGGUGAAGCAGCUAUCCGCAAAAUCAAAGCAAGGAAACCGGGAAUUCUUGAACGAGAUCGGUAUGAUUUCAGCUCUGCAGCACCCUCAUCUGGUUAAAUUAUACGGAUGCUGCGUGGAAGGAGACCAGCUCUUGUUAGUUUACGAGUACUUGGAAAACAACAGCCUGGCCCGAGCUCUCUUCGGUCCUGAAGCAACUCAGAUAAAACUCGACUGGCCGACGAGGCAGAAGAUCUGUGUCGGGAUAGCAAGAGGACUUGCCUAUCUCCACGAAGAAUCGAGACUCAAGAUUGUGCACAGAGACAUCAAAGCCACCAAUGUCUUGCUGGACAAAGAACUGGACCCGAAGAUAUCGGAUUUCGGCCUGGCCAAGCUCGACGAGGAAGAAAACACCCAUAUCAGCACCCGUGUUGCUGGAACCUUUGGAUACAUGGCUCCAGAGUACGCCAUGAGAGGCCACUUGACCGAUAAAGCAGACGUUUACAGCUUCGGAGUCGUGGCUUUGGAGAUCGUAUGCGGGAGGAGCAACACGAGCUCACGAGCCAAGGAUAAUGCAUUCUACCUUCUCGACUGGGUCCAUGUUCUGAAGGAGAAGAACAAUCUCUUGGAGCUGGUGGAUCCGAGACUAGGGAAAGAGUACAACAAAGAAGAGGCGUUGAUGAUGGUAAACGUGGCGAUCCUCUGCACGAGCCAGGUGGCGGCGGAGAGGCCGACCAUGUCGACGGUGGUCAGCAUGCUCGAGGGCCGUACGACGACGGAGGUUCGGAAGCUUCUAGAAGGUUCUAAUGGAAGUUACAGAGAUGAGGAGAGCGUGAGGGAGAUGAAGAAGCAUUAUAAGACGAUAGAGGAAGAGAUGACCCAAACGGACCAUAGCAUCUCCACUGUCGGACCGUUCACUUCGUCUUCUACUUCGGCCGGCGAUCUUUACCCUGUCAAACUCGACUCUGCCUAUUGGGACUCUAGAGUUUAAUAAUUACAGCUUUUUUUUUACUUCUUUUUGUAUUGUUUGAGUUUAAAUUUCUGUUGUAAUGUUUCGGUGAAUUGUAAUUUGUAACAUAAGGAGACCACUAUUACGAUUUCGUGUAUUUCAAAUUGCGAGAGAUUGUUCUUAGCUUGCAAUGA